AUGGGCACCUUACAUGACGCACAUGAAUAUUCUCACCAAGAAACCAGCUGCAAUCGAGUGGACUCCUGCGAGAUCGAGAUGAAGACGGAGGGCAGCCAACUACCCAAAACAGCCACCAGGCUGAACAACACGGAAACCUCAUCUCCCAUUACUAUCGGAUUUAUCGGUACCCAUGGCUGGAGCUCCCAGUUGCUCUUGGAAGUGUCGGCCAAGCCUGAAUACGCGGUCCAUGUUCAUGUCAAUUCCUCCGGCCAAUUGCAAAAGCUCACAGAACUGGGGGCAAUUACAAGUGACAGCAUCAGAAAAGUUGCACAAGUCAGCCAGAUUCUUGUCUACGCAACAAGAAAUAUUGAAGAAUUGGAGAACCAGCUCUUCUGCCCGAAAAAUGGCAUAGUAUCAGUCCUUCCGCAACAUUCCCAGGUCAUAGUGUCUCCAAGCUGUCAACCGUCACAUUACCCGUUAUUGCUUCGGAGACUAGCAGACGAAGGCAGGCCGGAUAUCUCGCUUCUGGAUGCUGCAUAUGUUGCCGAGUCAUCGCACAGCAAUCACAGUGGGAACCGGAACCCUACGUUAUUUCUAUCCGGACCAGUUGGGCCCCUUGCGGAGGCGAAUGCACGUCUCCAUGCUGCAAGUUCGAUCCGUCUGGUACCAGGAGGGUUUGGGCAAGCCUCUAAACUGGAACAAGUAAACCAGCUCCUUACCGGCUUACAUGCGGCCGCGGCCGCCGAAGCUAUGGGCUUGGCGGCAAAAGCUGGUCUGAGUACCAAGGUUACCUUUGACAUCAUUAGCAAUGCAGCUGGAAGCUCAUCAGCGUUUGAAUCACGUGUUCCCCAGAUGCUGGCAGGGGAUUGGAAAUCUCAACCAUCCUGGCAAUCAACACUCAACAGUCUUAAAUCUGCAAUCACAACAGCACGCAAGCUUCAAUUCCCCUUACCCUUGACAUCCACGGUGGAGCAAUUAUUCAUUUCCGGCUUAUCACAGGGCUUAGGCGAAGGCAGUGAUGCGGCGCUUGUUCGCACCUACUUGCGCGAUGCUCCUGAUUUAGUCGAAGAGAAAGCCAUCCCGGCUGAUGCAGAUGUCUCUCAUGCUUCAAAUGGUAUCCCUAGUAAAAUCCCCAAGAUUGGCUUUGUCGGUCUCGGAGCCAUGGGUCGCGGCAUGGCUGUGUCUUUGGUCCGUGCCGGGUUUGCUGUCAAAGGCUACGAUGUCUACUCUCCCGCAGUGGAAGCCUUUGCUAGCAAUGGGCCGGAUGCCCUUCCAGCAGGCUCGCCAGAAGACGCAAUUCGUGGGUCGGACGUUGUGUUGCUCAUGGUGCAGAACGCCAGCCAGAUUGACGAUGUCCUGUUUGGAAACGGCCGCGGCGCUGCUGCCUUGUCUGACGAUGCAGUCGUUAUUGUCAGUUCAACAGUGCCUCCAGAAUAUGUCCGAAAUGCCAGCAAAAAACUGAAAGAAUUGGGUAGAGGCAUUCUUCUCGUGGAUGCUCCAGUCAGCGGAGGUGUUGCUCGUGCUGCCAACGGCACAUUGACGGUUAUAUGUUCUGGUGAAAUGAAAGCCCUCUCCAAAGUCCAUGGUCCACUUAUUGCGAUGACGGGAGGAGAGAAGAAUCUCUGUCAAGUCUCCGGGGGCAUUGGCAUGGCGUCGUCCGUGAAGCUCAUCAACCAGCUUCUCGCCGGCGUUCACAUUGCCGCCGCUGCCGAAGCCAUGGCUUUUGCUGCUCGCCUGGACCUCGACACCCAAUUCGUGUUUGAUGUGUUCAAAUCGUCGUCGGCGUGGAGCUGGAUGUUUGAGAACAGAGUUCCACAGAUGUUGAAGGCUGACUGGACCCCGCACUCUGCUUUAGCCAUUUUCGUCAAGGACCUUGGAAUCGUUCUUGACGAGGCAGCUCGACUCAACUACUAUGCUCCGAUAUCAUCUGCUGCACACACACUUUAUCUGGCCGGGGCAGCGCACGGCUGGACAAAUGAGUCGGAUGCAGGUGUAGUGCGACUAUGGGAAAUCUUGGGACCGACAAUCAAGAGCAAAGCCAUCAAUACUUCGAACUUUGUUGGCGAAAUCCCCACUUCCAACGGCAUUGAGAAGCAGAAGGCCAAAGGGGUCAACAUCAACCAAACCCCAAUCACUUCAACCAUGAACCCUAGUCCUGGUAGCGAAGAUGAACCACAGCGCCUCCUUGCAGCUCCUACGCUUGCUUCCCUACCCCCAGAGUAUCCUACGGAUGUUCUCGACUCCGUCCAACGCAUAGUUAACCGUGGUGAGGUGCCUACACUCGUUGUACUAGACGACGAUCCCACGGGCACGCAAACCUGUCAUGAUAUUGACGUCUUGACUGUUUGGGAUUCCGAGACGCUAGAUUCUGAGUUCAGUCUUAACCCUCAUGGCUUUUUCAUCCUCACAAACUCAAGGGCGCUCCCCUCGGCGGAAGCACGAAAGCUGAUUCAAGACAUUUGCGAAAAUGUAUCUCAAGCAGCUAAAAGAGCUAACAAGUCCUUUGAGAUUGUUCUUCGAGGAGAUUCCACCUUGCGAGGUCAUCUACCAGAGGAGCCUGAAGCGGCGGAGGCUGCCUUGGGUACAUUUGACGGCUGGAUCAUCACGCCAUUCUUCGCACAAGGAGGCAGAUAUACGAUAAAUGACGUCCACUAUGUGAAGGAAGGUGAUGCACUGGUACCGGCUAGCCAGACUCAAUUUGCCGCAGAUGCUACAUUUGGCUAUAAAAAUUCCAACCUGCGGAAAUACAUCCUGGAGAAAUGUGGCUCGCGCUUCAGCGGUGACUCUUUUACAAGUGUUACAUUGCAAGACAUUAGAGAGGGUGGCCCUAAGGCAGUGACUGAGAAGCUGCUUUCUAUGGACUCUGGGCCCAAUCAAGUCAUCAUCGUAAAUGCAGUCGCUGAAUCAGACAUGCAUGUGUUCGUUGCUGGCUUGCUCGAGGCAGAGAAGAGUGGUCGAAGGUACUUGUACAGAACCGGCGCAGCCUUCGUCUCAUCAAGGCUUGGGAUCAGAGGUAUUCCGCCACUCACUAUGAAAGAUUUAGGUGUUGUCCCAGUUAUAGGGGCAAGACGUCCUGGAGGAUUGGUCAUUGCCGGAUCAUAUGUUCCCAAGACGACAGCACAGCUGAAAGCCUUGACAGAGAGGCUCAAAGACAAGCUUUAUGUGAUGGAGUUGAACGUUCCUGAGUUGAUCACGUCAGAGGAAGCUGCGGAGCGCACUGUCAAAACUGCAGCGCAGGCUAUUUCCAUAAAGCUGUACGCUGGACAUGACGUCCUCGUGAUGACUUCAAGAUCACUCGUUAAAGGCGAUGAUGGCCUGAGUUCUUUGAGCAUUGGUUCUAAAGUUGCUAAAGCUCUGGUUCGUUUACUGGAAGAAAUCGACGUGCGUCCUCGAUACAUAAUCGCCAAAGGUGGCAUUACUUCCUCCGACACUGCCACCAAGGGUCUCAGAAUGAAACGUGCCAGGGUACUGGGUCAAGCAGCCCCCGGAGUGCCGCUAUGGCGAUGCGAUGAGGAAACGAGCAGACAUCGCGGUGUGCCAUUUGUGGUAUUUCCAGGCAACGUUGGCACGGAUGACACUUUAGCAGAGGUCGUGGAGGCAUGGGCAAUGCCGGCCACUCAAUGA